AUGCUAAAGAAACACGAAUUAGUGAAAACAGAGUGCUUAGAACUAAUAAAAGCUGCAUUAAAAGAUGUUCUCUAUGAAUCAUUAGAGGAGAGGCUCAAGAAAGCAGAAACGCUCUUUCAGGAUGAGGUAUAUAAUGCCGAGACAGUUGUUGAAGAGGUGAUGCGAGAGCAAGGCAAGUACAAAGGUUUUAUCAACUUUGCUUCUGCUUGUCACGGUGUUGCUCGGAGUCUAGAGGGCAGAGUCCCACAACGUAUCACUUCUGUUGCAAAUGGUCUAGGACUUGCUUUUGAUGUACUAGUCGCAUGGCAACUGCGAAAGGCGUAA